CAGACGCAGCAAAAGGAUUGAGGGGGAAGUUUUUAGAGGGGGGACCUAUCUCCGGUGUGUGGAGAAGGCGGGAAUGGCGGAGUCAACGAAUGAAGAUUUGGAAUCUCUGCCCCGCGGGGGCUUUCGGUGUCGCCUCUGUCACGUGACAGUAGCCAAUAAACCCAGCCUGGAUGAUCACCUCCGGGGGAAGAAACACCAGCGUCUGGAAAGCCUCCGCUCCAUUCGCCAGGCCCAAGAGCUUCGCAGUGUUUUUGUCAGUGGCUUCCACAAAGGGACGCCAGCCUCAGAGCUGAGUGACUACUUCCAAGCCUAUGGGGAGGUCAUCAAUGUGGUGAUGGACAAGGAUAAGGGUGUUUAUGCCAUUGUGGAGCUGCAGGACGGGGAGGUGCUGGAGAAGGUGCUGGCCCAGACCCAGCACACUCUGGGGGGUCAGAAGCUGCGUGUCAAGCCACGGGAGAAGAAAGAUUUCAAAUACACCCCGCCCAGGAAGCAGGGGUCUGCCAAGCGAGGGCAGCUGAGCCCCGAGAAGUUAGCAGAAGAACUGUGCCAAGCCGAUGAUGUGGAUGCCCAGAUGGCUCUGCUGGUGCAGCUCUUUGAGUUUUCAGAGGGUGAACGGCGUCUUCGGGAUUUGCUGGUCACUCUCUUCCAGGAGGUAUUCUUAGAGUUUUUCCCUGGCUCUGCCAUUCUUCCUUUUGGCUCCUCGGUGAAUGGCUUUGAUGUCUCCGGAUGUGACCUGGAUUUGUUCCUAGACCUUGAGAAGACCAAAAAAUUCCAAGCAUCUGCCAAGAGUCCUACUGAGACCCCGGCCAAGGAUGGGGCCAGCCCUGAGCCGGAUGCAUGCUCUGAGGAUUCGAUCUUGAGUGACAUCGACCUGGCUUCAGCCACUGUGCCUGAGGUACUCGAGCUGGUUGCCACCGUGCUGCGGAAGUGCGUCCCGGGUGUCCAUCACGUCCAGGUUGUGCCAAAUGCUCGUCGUCCGGUUGUCAAAUUCUGCCACAAGGAGUCCGGCUUGCGUGGGGACAUCUCCAUCGAUAACAAGCUGGCGCUCCGCAAUACGCGCUUCCUGCAGCUUUGCACCGAGACAGACGAGCGGGUGAGGCCGUUGGUUUAUGCCGUGCGCCACUGGGCAAAGCAACAGGCAUUGGCAG